AUGCCGUGGCCGUCCAGCCCCGUGGUGCCCGUGGACGACCCCACGCUCCUCUUCGCCAACGCUGGGAUGAACCAGUUCAAGCCGGUCUUCCUCGGCACCGCCGCCCCGGACUCGCCGCUCGGCCACCUGCGCCGCGCCUGCAACACCCAGAAGUGCAUCCGUGCCGGCGGCAAGCACAACGACCUCGACGACGUCGGCAAGGACACCUACCACCACACCUUCUUCGAGAUGCUCGGCAACUGGUCCUUCGGGGACUACUUCAAGGACGGGGCCAUCGCAUACGCAUGGCAACUCCUCACCCAGGUCUACAAAUUGCCCACUGAUAGGAUUUAUGCAACAUACUUUGAUGGUGAUGACAAGGUUGGUCUCGCUCCCGAUACCGAGUCAAAAGACAUAUGGUUCAAGUAUCUACUGAAUGAAAGAGUUCUGCCUCUCGGUUGCAAGGAUAACUUUUGGGAGAUGGGCGACACAGGUCCUUGUGGACCAUGCACAGAGAUUCAUUUUGAUCGUAUUGACAACCGUGACGCAGCCUCAUUAGUCAAUAAUGAUGACCCUACAUGUAUUGAGAUAUGGAAUCUUGUGUUUAUUCAGUUCAACAGGGAGUCAGACGCUACUUUGAGAUCCUUGCCAGCAAAACACGUUGACACCGGAAUGGGCUUUGAGCAUUUAACUUCUAUCCUUCAGAAUAAAAUGAGCAAUUACGACACAGAUGUAUUGAUGCCAUUAUUCGAUGCCAUCCACAAGCUGGCAGGCGCUGGAAUUCAACCAUACUCUGGUAAAGUAGGAUUCGAUGAUGUUGGGAAAGUUGAUAUGGCAUAUAGGGUUGUUGCAGAUCACAUAAGAGCCCUUUCUUUUGCUAUUGCUGAUGGUUCUCAACCUAGAAAUGAGGGAAGAGAGUAUGUUCUAAGGCGUAUACUUAGACGUGCUGUUCACUUUGGUCAUCAAAAAUUGAUGGCAAAGCAAGGAUUUUUUAGCUCCCUUGUAGAUGUUUUUGUCCGAGUGAUGGGUGAUGUGUUUCCUGAGCUGAAGGACAAUGAAAAGAAGAUUAAAGAUAUAAUUGAAGAAGAAGAGGCAAGCUUUGAGAACACUCUAGCGAAGGGAUAUGAGAGAUUUAAGAAAGCUGCAGAUGCUGUCAAGGAGAAUGGUGGGACAGUACUUAUUCGCCAGGAUGCAUUUGUUCUGUGGGACACAUAUGGCUAUCCAAUUGAUUUGACUGAGGUCAUGGCAGUUGACUUCGGGCUAUCUGUUGACAUGGAGGGUUUUAAUGUUUCUAUGGAAGAACACAAGCUUCUAUGCGGAACAGGGCGGUCAGAUCUAUGA